AUGGCCUUCCAGAGCUUGCCCAAUGAGUUGUUUUUCAUCAUCGCUGGACACUUGAGCCAGUCUGGCCUCAACGCCCUCACCCAAAGCUGUCGGCUCUUCCACUCAGUUCUCAACAGCACUCUGUACUCCAAGAACAUUCGAUCCAACCGCAGCUCAGCUCUGUUUUGGGCUGCGUCGAACGGAAGUUGUGGAACCGUGCAAAUCAUGAUCGCCAACGGUGCUGAUGUGACAAUCAGAGCGGAACCUGAUGUUCUCGCUCAACGGAAUCUCAGCCACUUGAGCAGAUACAACCUACAGCGCAAUAGGUGCUCCAUGACAAUGCGCCAGAGUAAGCACAAACAUGUGACAGCCUUCUCAACUUGCGGCACAACACCUUUGCAUCGAGCUGCUGAGCGCGGCCAAGAAGCAGUGGCAAGAUGCCUCCUAGACAACGGAGGCGAUAUGCUAGCCAUCGACGCGGGUGGGUACUACCCCGUUCAGCUUGCAGCAUAUCAAGGUCACGAGUCUAUUGUCAGACUGUUUCUCGAGAGAGGGUUCCAGCCAAACACUCUGAGUUGGGCGGCAUUUGAUCCAUCGGCCCUGCAUAGCGCAGUAUCCGGUGGACAAUCUGGCAUUGUGAAACUCUUACUCGAUCAUGGUGCGAAUGCAAGCCUGACAAAGGACUCGAAAGCGAUCGCCUACUUCAAUCGCUCUCCCCUCGAUCUGGCAUUUUUCGAUCGGUUACCAAACCAAAUGCAACAGAAUUUGGACUCUACGCUCGGCAAAGAGAAUAUUCACAGCGGCAAAGAAGACUGCGCAUUGCUCCUGGUCGAGUACGGAAUACCAUUCGAGUUGUUGGAGGAAAAUAGAUGCCUACUCUCUGCAGCGAGGAGAGGCUAUAUCAGGCUAGUCAAAGCACUAGUGGAUCUUGGCCUUGACCCGAACCAGGAGCAUUAUGGGCAAACUGCACUGUCGUGUGCCAGGGGUGCCCGAUGCCAGGAAUUGAUUGAAUUCCUCAAACCGCUUACAAAUCCCAAUGCAAAAAAGAAGCGCAAGCGCCGUGCGGCAAGUCAUGAAAACACCUGCUUGUGUUUUCGAGUCAUCGAGGACUUUUGA